AUGUUUAUUGGGGGCCUAAGCUGGGACACCAGCAAGAAAGACUUGACAGAGUAUCUCUCUCGGUUUGGCGAGGUUGUGGAUUGUACGAUUAAAACAGAUCCAGUCACUGGGAGGUCGAGGGGGUUUGGGUUCGUGCUCUUCAAGGAUGCUGCCAGUGUGGAGAAGGUGUUGGAACUAAAGGAACACAAACUGGAUGGGAAGUUAAUAGAUCCUAAAAGGGCAAAAGCCCUAAAAGGGAAGGAGCCACCAAAAAAAGUAUUUGUUGGUGGGCUGAGUCCAGAUACAUCUGAAGAACAGAUUAAGGAGUACUUUGGCGCUUUUGGCGAGAUUGAAAACAUUGAGCUUCCCAUGGACACAAAGACGAAUGAAAGGAGGGGCUUCUGUUUUAUCACAUACACAGAUGAAGAGCCAGUAAAGAAAUUGCUAGAAAGCAGAUACCAUCAGAUUGGUUCAGGCAAGUGUGAGAUCAAAGUAGCACAGCCCAAAGAGGUAUACAGGCAACAGCAGCAACAGCAGAAAGGAGGAAAAAGCAAUGCAGCUGGUGGACGAGGAGGUGGAAGGGGACGUGGACGAGGUCAGGGACAAAACUGGAAUCAAGGAUUUAAUAACUAUUAUGAUCAAGGAUAUGGAAACUACAAUAGUGCUUAUAGUGAUCAAAGCUACAGUGGCUAUGGAGGAUAUGACUACUCUGGGUACAACUAUCCCAAUUAUGGAUAUGGGCCGGGAUACACAGAUUACAGUGGUCAACAAAGCACAUAUGGAAAGGCAUCCCGUGGUGGCGGCAAUCACCAAAACAACUACCAGCCGUAUUAAAGCAUUACCUAGUACUUGAGGAAACAGGUAGAGAUACUGCAACAAAGCCAUCUUGCAGCGCAUCGUGAGUGAAUGGCGGGUGGUCUUCAUGAGAGAAAAUUACUAUUUUGUAAAAGACUCUUAGUGUACGACACAACUGUGUCCAACUGUACAUAGCGGCUGACUAGUUUCUUUUAUGGUUUUUACUUUCUUUUUGCCAUUCAUCUUAUGACACAAUGUGGACUUGUGUUUAUACAAACUUUAUUUGUAUAAUUUCAUGUUAAAGGAUUCUCUAAUAAAUGCUUACCUUAAGUGA